AUGGUACAGUUAUUACUAGUUCUGAUAUAUUGCAUAGUGCUAAGAUGUCAAACAAAGGAGCUACAUCUAACGACUUCUGAUGAGGGAUAUAUGAUUGUCAUACAAGGAUUUGCUGCACGUCUCGAAUGCAUGCUUAAUACUUGCGUACGACAUGCUUCUACUGUAAUCUGGUUGAAAGAUGAUGUGCCAAUAUUUAAUUCAACAAAAUUUCUGGAUAGUUCCGGUGUGGAUGCCAAUUCUGUUUUGCUACAGCACAAUAUUGAAACUGAUAAGGAUAAAGAAUGUACGGGUAGUUGUUCGGAUUCCAACACUUGCGCUGACGGGUCACAUUGUGUGGACAAUAAAUGCUGUCAGUGUGCUUCGGAAGACUUCACACUUGUUUUGAAGAACCUUACGUUUGAAGAUGCAGGUCGUUAUCGAUGUCAAAUAUCAAAUCAACCUCAGCAACUGGAAUUUCAACUGGAGGUCCUUGAGAGUGGAUUGAAAGGCGGGUUUCAUGAAAAUAUUAGUUACGAUUACAGUAAAUGCUGUGCAAAGAAAGGAAUUUCACCGUUAUGUCAGGCAAUGUGUAAGCCGAGGGACAUGCACAUUCAUCAUUUCGACCCGACAAGUUGUAAAACGGACGAUUAUAAAAAUUUUUUGUCAUGUGCUACGGAAGGUGGCAACAGAAGUCAUGUGCAGUGCUGUAAAACGCAGCUGGUGCCUUCAUUUUGCUACGAUUUCUGUUCCGGAAAUUUCCAAAUGUUACGCAAAUCUCAUCGAUUAUGCUUGUAUUAUCUUCCGGAAAUAUUUGAAUGUUAUAAUCGCGCGUACUUACCGUUUCCUGAGCAUCCACAAGAUUUAACCGUUAAUGCGAUUGGAUCAGACGAGCUACGAGUGUGUUGGCGUCCACCGCAACCUCAAACAUCGAACAAACAUCUUGAAAUUGAUCAUUAUACUGUGUAUUAUAAGCAAAUACCAUCAUUUCCAUUCUUGGGAGGAGAUGAUGGAAUACCUCUUUUAUCGGGUGAUUACGAGGAAAGCAUCCCAGGUGGAGUGGCCGAAGACGAUGUUGCUAGCGAUAUUACACCAUCUGAUGUUGGAUCCUUGAAACGCGGAAAACGACAGACAUGGCUUUUUGUUACACAUGAUUCAUCUACAAACGAUUCAACCGUUCGCGAAUUCAAGUUUGAUGAGGUGAACACGACGGAUACUUGCGUUACAUUAAAAGAUUUACGCUCAGCAACACGUUACAUUGUCUAUGUAACAGCAUCGAACGAAUAUGGCAUGUCGGUACCAUCAUCACGAGCUUUGGCUGCAACGAAUGCGAUUGUCACACCAUCCAAUUCAACGCUACCGCAGAUCGAGCGUAUUCCUUACUCAUUUGUUCAAAUUUUUGUAGUACCACUGACGACUUCACUUAAAAGCAUUGCUGAAGAGUGUUGCUCAUCGAAUGGAGUAUCACCAUACUGCGCUUCAAAAAUGUGCGAUGUAAGAACUAUUCCAAAUGCACUUGAAACGAUUGCCAUAUCAACAUCUUGUCGAACUGAGUGGUCCAAAGUAAGUCCGUGUCUUGCUGAUGGACGUAAUCACACGGAUUGUUGCAUUAAGAAAGGCGUACAGCAUGACUGUUUAAAAAUAUGUGGUGGAGUUGCUGAACCUCUAACGAUGCAUUCAUUAUUGUGUCUGAAUUUGGAUAUCGCUGCAAUUUAUCAGUGUUUACGACAAGGCUACGAUACACGACCUUCUCCACCGCAGAAUGUAACUGUAACAGCUGUAACAGAAAGUUCUGCUGAAGUUGAAUGGGCCGAACCAGCCGUAAAUGCACAUCUUGUUGUUUCAUAUUCGCUGUUCAUGAGAAAGGAUGAUCGCAGUUCAAAUGUCAUAGAGAUACAUAAUGUAACUUCACCGCAUACUGAAUAUGGUCUUCUCCCAGACACUGAAUACACAGUCUAUUUACAAAGCCACGGAACUACGGGUGAUAGUUUGAUGUCAACUGCUCUGAUUUUCUUCACACAUCCUUUGGUGUCAUCCUUCUGUCCACAUGGAGAACCAUUAUAUGAACCAAAUGGACACAGAUAUUAUUGCGGUACUGGUAUAAGGGAUUGUCCGCCUGGCUAUGACUGUGUAGUAGCUGGCACUUCCGAAACCGAUACAUUCUGCUGUUCCAAACCGUUACACACAAAUUUUGCAAAAGAUUGCUGUCAACAACGAGGUGUUUCAACAAGUUGUUUGUCCAUGUGUUCUGAUAGUACUCCACUGACAUCAGAGUGUUCGGAAUAUGGUGACAUAUGGGUUCAGUGCACUUCUGAGGGACAUGACCAUACAAGAUGUUGUGCAGAAUCUGGUAUACCGGAUGAAUGCAUGUCAGCAUGCAGACAUCCAUUCACUCUUAAGAGAGAGUGCAUGGAAUAUACUCCAACGCUGGCUAAGUGCUAUUCGUGGCUUACAACAAAUCUUCCAACUGCCGUUACAAAUUUAGAAGUUACCUCCAGAAAUUUGUCUUCAGUUUUGCUUUCGUGGGAUAUACCACUGCAACGAUCUGCAGAUAUCUAUCAAGUAACACUUGAUAAGGGUACCAGUAUAUUCAGGCAGGUUAAUGUCACAACGAAUUCUGCUCGUAUUGAAGAUCUCGAACCAAGCACAAAUUAUACAGCCUAUAUAACUACAUUUAAUAAGUAUGGUUCGAGCCCACCAUCAUUUAAAAUUUCCUUUGAAACGCUACCUGAUAAUGAGCAAAAUGAUAGACCAGUACCACCAUUUGGGUUGCAUAUUGUAUGGAACCAUGGACGACGUAUAAACAUUACAUGGAAUUGGAGUUCAGUUCGUUAUAAUGGACAAAGGAUUACUGAUCCCGUAACGUACACAGUUAAUUAUGUUUCCACUGGAAAUGCAUCUGUUUGGACUUCGGUUAAAACACAGAAUAUGUGGUAUGUAAUGGAAAAUCUAACGAUGAAUUCUCUUUAUGAAGUAUAUGUAUAUGUAAGUGAUGGCAAUUUGCAGAGCAGAAGUUCAUCAGUUGUAACCAUGCUUGCUGCUCCAGAUGAAUAUUCCUUACCGGAGCCGCAGAUUACAAUUACACCGGAGAAUGCUAAUCGAACCUAUCGUAUGAAUGAACAAAUUGGAGUUAAAUGUACCGUUCAUGGUGAACGAAUGCUUAACUUGGAUUUGUUAAUUGGAAAGACAUUGAUCCAUAGUGAACCAUCAAAGAUGACUGUCGAAACAUUUUUAAAUGUAGAUGAAAACAAUAACCUCAUAACGUGCACAGUUAUGGACACUGAUGGCCGUCAGAAUCGUGCUCAAAUGCAUAUCUUUGUACAAUUUGGACCCAUAGUAAAUAUGGUAACGGAACAGAUCUAUGCUUAUGAUGAUUUAUCAGCUGAAAUCCAGUGCACCGUACAAGGUUAUCCAGAACCCAAGCUGGAAUGGCAUUAUCGAAAAUCACCGAAUGCAGCUCGCACGGAACGUCUUAACGAUCCUGUUAUUGUGAAAACGACUGCUUUAAAUCAAUAUCUUCAUACACUUCUUAUAAAGAAUGUAACAGAUCGAAAUGGGAUAUAUUCUUGUAAGGCAAUUGGUGUUGAUGGUACUGAGGUUACAAAAGCUGCCGAAUUGAAUAUUGCUAAAGCUGCCUUGCCACUAACACCUCGUUUCAUUUUACAGUGUUGUGUCGAAGCGAAAAUAUCGGAAAAAUGCUUGCGUGUCUGUUCAGUAAAUCCAGAAAUUGAUGGCGAUUGUUCAGCCUUCUCAGAAGAUUUGCUGCGGUGUGCAAACGACGGUCGAGAUCAUCGGGCGUGUUGCAUGAGGUCACGUAUCCCAUCAGAUUGUUUAAGUAUGUGCAGCGGUGGUAAGGUUUCAAACAACGCGCUAUGUUCAAUAUUUGCACCAAGAGCUGUAGCCUGCAUGAUUAGAGGACAUGAACGAGCCCCCUCACCUCCGACACUACUUCGUUAUGAAAACGUUUCUCCUGAUUCUGUCAAGAUAUCGUGGACUGAAACAGAAGCUGAUCCAUACAAAGUAUAUGCUAUAUACUACCGUCAGGAAAACAGCGAUGGCGACUUUACAGUUGUGAAAACUAGCAAUACGGAAGUUGUCAUAGAUGGCCUCGACCCUAAUACAAAUUAUGAUCUUGCAUUAGUCUCUGCGAAUGCUCUCGGCCAUUCACCAUUUUUGGAAACGAAAAUUGUCAACACCCUCGGUCCAACACGAAGUCAUACAUUCAUUUCGAUAUUCUUCUUUGCAUUUCUGGUCGCUGCAGCAUCAUUUGUUGUGUAUACCAUUCGGACGAAUGCUUGGUUAAGGGCAAUUCAAAAAUUCCACCGGAGUCAACCACUUUCAGAUCGAGAUCCGUCAGUAGCUUUUGAAAAUCCAGGUUACGGUACCGAAGUACAAAUUCGGGGACUGGCACACUCGGAUUCAAUCGCAGCCACUGAAUGGCAGAACGCUGAUCUCGAAGUGGCAGACAAUUUACCCACUGAAGCUAACAAUGGUAUGAGGUACGCGAAGCUAAAUUCCUCCUAG